GUAGUAAAUAUAGUUCAUUUUGCCCUAAAUCUAGUUUUCCUUCUUACGCGUUAGUUUGUUUAACGAGCAUGCUAGUGGAAUAUCCCAAGUACAUCGUCUUUUUUCUGGUAUUAAAACUGGCAACAGUUUGAAUGCGCCAAAUAAAAGGGCGCAUUUGUUUUGUCGCGCGAUUCAGUGGGUUAUACGGCAUUGUUAGUGGGGUUGUGAGCGAGUUGUGAGCGAACUUGGCGUGAUUUUUCCGGACUCUUUUCACCGAUUUAAGGCAGAUAUGGAGAACAUUGACAGCGACGAUGCUUUUCAAGAUGAGGGUUCAGGUGCAAGCCGUAGUAUUGUGAACAGUGGACCUGGCACACCAGCAGACCUGCCACGGAAGUCUGGAAGAGGCAAGGCCAAGGUGUGGGAGAAACUGAUUGUAUUGGGAAGCCACGAUGAGUUCUUGGAAUGGUUGAGAAAAGAGGAGUCUGAUCACCAGCAGCGGUGGACUAAGAAAAAAGAAAAUCCCUCAUCUGAAGGUAUGAAGCGAAUUUACCGAUGCCGUCACCGUGACUGCAAGGCAGAAAUAAGCGCACUGUACCACGCCAGAAACACGAAUGUAACUGUGUCACGUGCCGCUAAUGAACACACCCAUCAAGCACCUGCUUCUUGGGGCCUGUCUUCAGAGGCAAAGGAGGCAAUCAACGAUCUCUACCGUGAUGGAGUACGGAAGCCUCUGCAAUUAUACAACAUACUGAGGAGUAGAGGCAUCAGCACGGCCAACAAGACACAGAUUGACAACUUUCUUAAGCGUAAGCGCGAAAAGGAACAUGGACCACCUUCAGUGACGUACCAUGACAUCUCGGAGUGGUGCGAGCAGCGAAGUGCCCCACCCAGCGAUGAGCACGAGGUGUACGUCGUUAAGCAUCUUGUGGACGCUGCCCUCGGGCGUGUGUGUGUGGUAAUGAGCACAAAGGCAUUGCAGCGUGUCGCGACUGGCGCGAAAGUGGUACACACCGACGCGACCUACAAACUAACGUGGCAGGGUUUUCCGGCCAUCGUGGCGAGCGUGUCCGACGCGGACCGGCAUGUGACGCCAGUGGCUUUCGCUGUGUCCUCUGGCGAAACGAAAGACGACUACGAAAUGGUUCUGCGUGCUAUGAAGCAGGCGAUAGAGGCUGUGUCGGGAGAGCCAUUUGAGCCCAGGGUGAUCGUGGCUGAUGCCGCUGAGGCCAUCACUUUGGCGGUAGAGGCUGUCUUUCCCAGAGCGUUGCGCCGUGUGUGUUGGUUUCACGUUAGAAAGAACGUCGAAAGCUAUCUGAGGAGGCAAAGUGCCAUGAAAAAAGCUUGCCUGGAGGACAUAUCGGUUCUUCAGCUGGCACAGAGUGAGGAAGAGUUCAGUCGAGCGAGCGUGGCCAUGUUGGCCAAGUGGGAGCGUCAGUGGCCAGAGUCGGAUUUCCGGAAACAUUUCCAGAAGCAGUGGCUAGAAAAGAACUCUUCAUGGUAUGAAGGCAUUGACGUGGAAUCGCCAUCCACAAACAAUGGGCUAGAGGCCUUCAAUAACGUGAUUAAGAGCUACACCUGUAGAGAACGACUACCGGUGGGUCAAUUCCUCAGCACUUGCGAUCACAUGAUCAAAGAGUGGUCACUUGACACAACUGAUCGGCGACCAUUCCACGAGGAGCCCAGCGUGUCAACUCGGCACUACCGAGACGCAUGGAUGUACAUGCAAGAGGGCAAGGAGCCGCUCUACUUGGACGACGGCCGCACGAUGUUUCUUCCAGCCGGCAGCAAAAAGGGUCUAACGGUGGAAGAGCUGAGUGCGUACAUCCAGGCAAUGGACUCGUGUGAGAGCUUCGAGCAGUACGCGGAGCAGCGUUUCGCCGUCUGGGCGGUUAAGGCGGGCGAAAAUGGCCAGAUGGCCACCUGCAGCUGUCCGGUCGGCAUGAAGCAGCGGGUCUGCAAGCACGCAAUCACGGUCGGCGUUUGGAAGGGCACCAUCACCAUCCCCGAUGUUGCUAAGCACGCAGUCAUCGGACAAAAGCGUAAGCGGGGUCGGCCCACUGCAACGAGACCAGCUCUGGUGCGCCAGGACUAGUUGGGCGUGUGUCUAACUGGACAUAACGAGCUUAGACGAGCGGUAUGAGCUAAUGCCAAUAUACUCGGGUAUGAGCUGUGAGAAUGAACUAUCGCCGUGCGUGAAACACGUGCUGAUCUUCACUCUGUGGGCGUAUUGAUGUGUGCAACAAUUCAGAAAGUUCAUACUAAUUAGGCGUUCGUCAAACUGGACAUGGCGAGCGUAGACGAGCGGGGUGAACCUAUGUACUCUGGUACGAGCUGUGAGCUAUCGCCGUUCGUGAAAUACGUGGUGUUCUGACUUAUGUACACUGUGGGCGUUUUGGUGUGUGCAACAACCUAGAAAGGUCGUUAUAAAUACAUUACGUAAAAUGUGUGCACGUUUUUACGCAUUGAAUAACUAAUUCGAUAUGUAAUGUAUAACUCCGGAAAGUAGUGCAGGUUCAUUGCGCCGCAAGAGAUACGGAAUCAUAACCCAGUUCAUAUGGGUACGGUGUAGCCUGUCCAACCUGUCUGAUGAUUGAUAGGUGGCGGUACACCCCCCUAGCCAGAAAAAAUGUCCGUUUGCGAAGCGACGGCGCCCACCCACCG